CGAGUUCGGCGCCGGGCCGCUGGGAGUGGUGGCGACAGCGCGGGUCGGAGCGGCCCACGUGCUCCCGCGGCCGGUUAAACCGUUGGCGGGCGCUGCUGAGAGGUGAGGAGCGGUGGCGGAGAGGCCUGCGGCUCCGGACGGCGAGGACAGGGAGUGUGACGGGGCCUGCGUCCCCACCGGCAGCCCUUCCUAGGUUCACGCUCGCGGAGGACGAGGGCAUCCGUUCAGACCCGGCCGGCCGCGACAGUGCGGGGGCCGGGGCCGGGGUGACCAUUCCGGCCCGGGGCGGUACCGCUCUGUGGGCUUCGGGCUUGCUGCAUGGACAAGUUAAAACCUAUCUUGGAUAGAGAAUAUUUAAUCAUUUAGCUAAAAAUGGUAUUUUUUACAUGCAAUGCAUGUGGCGAAUCAGUGAAGAAGAUACAAGUGGAAAAGCAUGUGUCUGUUUGCAGGAACUGUGAGUGCCUUUCCUGCAUCGACUGUGGGAAAGAUUUCUGGGGUAACGACUAUAAAAACCAUGUGAAGUGCUUAAGUGAAGACCAGAAGUAUGGCGGCAAGGGCUACGAAGGUAAAACCCACAAAGGCGACGUGAAGCAGCAGGCGUGGAUUCAGAAAAUUAACGAAUUAAUAAAGAAACCUAAUGUCAGCCCCAAAGUGAGAGAACUUUUAGAGCAAAUCAGUGCUUUUGACAAUGUGCCCCGGAAAAAGGCAAAAUUUCAGAACUGGAUGAAGAAUAGCUUAAAAGUUUACAAUGAAUCCAUUCUGGAGCAGGUGUGGAACAUCUUCUCAGAAGCUUCCAGCAGUGAGCCAGGGAAUAAGGGGCAGGACCAACAGCCCCCCGAGCAAGGAGCCAAGCCACCUGCGGAAGGCGCCGCCAAGCUUCCCCCGUCUGACACAAACGGGCCCGCAGAAGAGCAGGGGCCGGCAAAGAAGAACAAAAGAGAAAGGAAGGAAGAACGGCAGAAGAACAGGAAAAAGGAAAAGAAAGAACUGAAAUUAGAAAAUCACCAAGGAGAUUCAAAGAGUCAGAAGCCUAAGAAGCGCAAAAAGGGGCAGGAGACGGAACGCGAGGCUGACGGGGAGGCCCCGAAGGCCAACGGCUCGGCGGAGAAGAAAGGCAAGAAGAAGCAGGGCCAGGGCAAGCGGGCGGCGGAAGAGGGCAAGGACGGUGCGGACGAGGAGACCAAGCCCGCCGCGCGGAAGAGGAAGCGGAAGCACUCGGAAGUUGAAGUGGAUUCUAAGAAGAAAAAGGUGACAUUCCCAGGAGACUCUGAGGACAGAGAACCGGAAGACCAGGAGGCUCCUGCGAAAGGUAAAUUCAACUGGAAGGGAACUAUUAAGGCAGUCCUGAGGCAGGCCCCGGAGAAUGAAGUGUCAGUCAAGAAGCUGAGGAAAAAGGUCUUGGCUCAGUAUUACACGGUGACGAAUGACUCUCACAGGUCGGAGGAGGAGCUCCUGGUCAUCUUCAACAAGAAAAUCAGCAAGAACCCAAGCUUCCGGUUGUUAAAGGACAAAGUCAAGCUUCUGAAAUGAUUAUUUUGGUAUUUAGAAGUUAAAUCCAUUGUGUUGACUUUUUCCUUUCACUGCUCUGUAUAAAACGUGUAAUGAAUUAUAACAACCUCAAUUUUGCUUUCUAAAGCUGUAUUUUUAAGUUAAAGAAAAAAAUAUAUUUUUGUUAGAACUUUUAUGAAAAAAUAAAAUAUAUUCUUAUCCAAAA